AUGGGGUCUUCGAAGCUUUACGCGCGCUUAAGAGCCGCCGAGAUCCAAAACGAGCUCCGGGAAAGCGAGAGGAAGUCGCGAUCCAGCGUUCUGCGCAAAACGGCGCUUAAGAAGAUCGUCGCCAACAUGACUAUGGGCAAUAACGAGAUGGUGGUGUUAGCUGGCGAGGUAUUGGCCCUGUUGACCGAUUUGGGCCAGGACUUGGAGGUCAAGCGGCUCGUUUACUUGUAUUUUGCCACAUACUACCAACAGCGGCCAAACGAGUGUCUGAAGUUGCUCCCGUUCCUGGACAAGGACUCGCGGAGCCCGUCUUCUAUUCUCCGCUCCCUGAGCAUCCGGACGAUCGCCUCAAUUCCCCUGCCCGAGUACGUGGCCCGCGCAAGCACCUGGGUCGGCGAGUCCAUGUUCGACAAGGACGCGUCUGUGCGCAAGACAGGAGCCUACGCCGUUUCACGGAUCUAUCCGCACGCUUCAGAGCCGACUAAGAAACAGCUCUUGCAGGACCUCAACCGACUGCUGCACGAUCCGUCGAUCUUCGUCAUCGCCGCCGCCGUCGACUGUCUGUAUGAUCUCGUGGAUAACCAGGAGGGGCUCCAGCUGUCGAUCGACCGCAACAACUGUUUCCGCAUAGUGGACCAACUGCCGAACUGCGACGAAUGGAGCCAGAUAAGUUUGCUCAACUCCAUCAUGGCGUUUGUUCCGCAAACUGAGGAUGAUGCUGUCUUGCUUGUGGAGAAAUGCAUCCCGCUACUGCAGCACGGCAACUCCAGCGUCGUUCUCAACGCUCUCAAGGUGAUUGUGUAUUUGAGCAACUACAUCCGCAAUUUCGUGGACGUUCUGCCGGUGAUCCCCAAACGGGUUUCCGGGUGCAUUUCGAACCUCAUGUCCAAGCCCGCAGAGAUCCAGUUCCUCACCAUGCGGAACGUGAUUCUGUUGCUGCUCGACAAGGCAGAGAUGCUCAAUCUUUCUGUUUCGAUGUUUUUUUGCCAGUUUGACGACCCGGUGUACAUCAAGGACACGAAACUGGAACUGAUCUUUUUGCUGGCCAACGAGAGAAAUAUUGACGUGGUGCUGCACGAGCUUGAGGAGUACGCCUUGGAGAUCGACGACCAGAUGGUGCGCAAGAGCAUCCGUGCAAUCGGAAACCUUGCCAUCAAGAUCCCUGCUGUGGCCGACCGGUCGGUCGACAUGCUUGCGGACCUGCUUGCUUCUUCGCUUCCGCACAUCGUCCAGGAAACUGCCGUCAUUCUCAAAGACAUUCUGCGUAAAUAUCCGGGGAGAUAUUACCAUUUGAUCGAGGCAUUGGUUGCAAACGUGGAUUUGUUAACUGACUCCGACUCCCGCGGGUCUAUUUUCUGGAUCCUGGGAGAAUAUAGCACCUCGAUCGCCAACUCGGCAGAUAUCCUUACGUCGCUGUACCAGUCGUUCGAUUCGGAGUCGACACAGGUCCAACUUACCGCUCUCACAGCAAUUAUAAAGACGUAUCUGGGCUCACCGUCGAAAAAGACCGAGACCUUGGUGUUGGACGUGCUGCGCAAGACCACACAGGACGUGGACGAGCCCGAUCUGCGCGAGCGUGGGUUCUUCUACUGGAGACUGCUCUCGUCGCACCAGAACAUCAAGGACAUUGUCAAGCCUGCGCUGCCAAUCAUAGAAACUUCCAGCGACAAGUUGCCGGCCGAGGUGCUGGAGGAGCUGGAGCUCAACAUUGGAUCGCUGGCCUCUAUUUAUCUGCGGCCGACACAGCAGGUGUUCCGCCUGGCCAAACCUAAACGGCUGCCUGUAUCGCCUGCGCUCGCGCGCACCGAGUCGCGCGCCUCAUCGCAGCCGUUCUCCGAGGCCCCUUCCAGAGCAACCUCGUCUACGUCUGUUUAUAAAUGA